UGGGCCCUCUGCACGUCAGACCUCACUCUGGUUCUCUACGAAUAUGCUCUAUGUUGGCCACGGAUAAGCAAAUUUCUCAACAACGCCGAACAAUGUCCCGCGCGGUUCGAAGCACGGCACCCAUAUCCUCGCACGCCUCGAAUGCUACAGUUCUGUCGUCAUAUGCCAGACCAGCGCAGCAGACUAGGACGACGGUGGCAAUUUACCAGAGAAUUGCCCUCGCGCUCGACGCAAUAUCUGUUCCAACCUCGUGGCAUUUUUCGGUGAAAAAGGUCCAAUAAAAAGCGUGCUUCUAGGCUCCAUUCAUCGGAUCUGAAUAGUGGCAAUGGGUCCGAAUACCUCGCAUAUGUCGGCACGGUCAACAAGGGCGAACAGCAACUCGCGCAACAAAGUUUUGCAUCCCGCGAGAUCACGCACUUGCCAAUGUGGGAAUUCCACGGGCCUCCGUCAACGAGGCCCCGCUACUCCAUUGCCUUUGCAAACGUUGUUUCUGCCCUCCGUAAGUCGCUCGCGUUUGCCGUUUAGGUUCGAAUAUAAGGGCGAGCCACCCCUUCUCUUCUUCUUCCCACUCUCAUCCGUCUCUCUCUUUGUCCUAUUCCCGCGGUAUUGUCAAGGCCGGACGACAAGAUGCCUUUCCUCAAGCGCACUGAGCGCGAGGCUCAGCAGGCCAACCAACUGGAGAAGGCACCAUCCCCGAACGUUGCAGAUGGACAGAAGGUCACUUUCAUGGCCGUCUUCCUUGGACUGGUGGCCUCUAUCGGCGGUUUCAUGUUCGGUUAUGUCUCUGGUCAGAUCUCGGGUUUCUUCUCUAUGGAAGACUAUGGUCGUCGAUUCGGUACCAUUCUCCCUGAUGGCACGAUCGAAUUCUCUGCAGCUCGUCAAGGAACUAUCACCGGUCUUCUCUGUGUUGGAUGUCUUUUUGGAGCAUUGAUUGCAGGAAAGAUUGCCGACACCUUGGGCCGCAAGCUUUCGAUCUCUGUUUCUUCAUUCUUCUGUAUGAUUGGAACUGUUAUUGAGAUCUCCUCUCAGAGCGCUUGGUACCAAUUUGCCAUCGGACGUCUGGUCAACGGUCUCGGUAUCGGCGCUCUUUCCGUGUUGGUGCCUAUGUACCAGUCCGAAUCGUCCCCUGCGAUCAUUCGUGGUGUGCUUGUCGCAAGCUACCAGCUUUUCAUCACUUUGGGUAUCUGGACUGCUGAGAUGGUCGACUGGGGAACCUCGGAGAACAGCAACAGCAGCUCCUGGCGUAUUCCCAACGGUCUCUCGUUCCUGUGGGCUAUCAUUCUCGGUGUUGGCAUCCUGUUCCUCCCAGAGAGUCCUCGUUACGCGUAUGCCAAAGGUCGUGUGGAAGAAUGCCGUGCUACCCUGGCAAGACUUGGCGGUCUUGCAGAAGACAGCCGCGAAAUCAACAUUUUGAUGAACGACAUUCGUGUCAAGCACGAAGAGGAAACCGCUGCCGGAAAAGCUAAAUGGAUCGAGCUCUUCACCGGGCCUCGUAUGUUUUACCGCGUUGCGCUUGGUGUCGUGCUUCAGGCCGGACAACAGCUUACUGGCGCAAACUUCUUCUUCUACUACGGAACCACUAUCUUCAAGGCGACUGGUCUGGAGAACUCGUUCGUAACGCAAAUCAUCCUCGGCACUGUCAACGUGGCCUGCACGAUUGGCGGUCUUUACGUUGUGCAGAAAUGCGGUCGCCGUAAUGCGCUCAUCGUCGGUGCACUCUGGAUGUUCAUGUGUUUCAUGGUGUACUCCUUCGUCGGCCAAUUCGCGCUGGACGGAGACAACCCACAGAACACACCCGCACCCGGCAAUGUCCUCAUUGUCUUCUCGUGCCUCUUCAUCGCUGCGUUUGCUACAACCUGGGGACCACUUGUGUGGGCCGUUGUGGGAGAGCUCUACCCUAUGAAGUAUCGCGGACCAGCAAUGGCUCUCGCCACUGCCUCGAACUGGCUCUGGAACUUUUUGAUGUCGUUCUUCACCAGAUUCAUCACGGAUGCGAUCCACUACCUCUACGGUUUGGUUUUUGCCGGUUGCUGUCUGGCACUGGCAGUCAUUGUCUUCUUCUUCGUCAUUGAGUCGAAGGACCGCAGCCUGGAGGAAAUCGACACGAUGUACAUGCUCCGAGUCAAUCCUAUCACUAGCGCCAAGUGGGAUGGAAGCAAGCUCCCAAAGAGCGCCGACACGAGUGGCAGGAACAGCAGCGAUGCUGCUGCCGCUGAGGGAGGUGACUUCCCAGUAAGGCAGAAGUCCGUGACGAUUGAAGAGUAAAGGGAGAUGUUGUAUGAUUCUGUCACAUUUUAGCAUAAUGUCAACUGCACCGAGGUGCGCUUUCAACGAAAUGUCCCGCCCCUGCUGUCAAGUUUUCAGCCGAG